GGUCCGCCAUGUUGGCGAGCUUUGGCGGCGGCGGCGGCGGUUACUCCGGACCUGGACGGGACGCGCGCCCGCCGCCGCCGUCCGCCGCGCCCCGACCUGGGGGGGCCGCCCCGGGGCAGCCCCCCCUCCGCGCGCCCCCGCCCCGCUCGCGCGCCGCGCGCCCCACUAGCGCCCUGCGCGCGCCACAGGCUGUAGCCCGCCGGGGUCGCAGCGCGCCUCCCCGCUCCGCCCCCUCGCGCGCCUCCCGCGGCCCCGCGCACGCGCGCCGCCCCCUGCUCAGUCAGCGAGGGUCUGCGAGGAGCGCGCGUCCGACGGUCAGCGCCCCUCAGUGCACAGUCCCAGCGGCCCGGCUCGGCCGGCGCCUCCCGACCAAGUCUCUACGGUCGCCCUCCCCUCGGGGUGGCCACGAGGUGAUGAUGAAACUCCUGCUCUGGUCCGAGCUACCGGUGAACAGCGCCCAGCGGGCCGGGCCCCCAACCUCGCUCCUGACCCUGAACAUCCCCCCAGCCCUGCCGUGAGAAUUCAGCGAAGAGUAAAAGCUGGAAAAAGUUGCGUGUCUCAGGCUAACCAGAACACAGUGGGGUGAUGGCUCCCCCGCUAGGUACAGAGAUGCCCUUAGGGAGCCCCCCGAUGGAAGAGCUCUGGGCUUAAGAAGGUCACCACUCCCUUACACUCAGCCCCCCUCAAUCCGAUUCCCUGCUACGUCUGCCAUCACCACUGGCCAGUUUUACCAUAUGCUUCUCAAGACGCAAGGCACAAUAGGCAUAAAGUUGUCCUGAAAAGGACAAGAGGAGUGUCCGAAGUAGGAAUGGCAGUCGAAGGAGCUUGGUCUGGCAGCAGAAAGCUGAAAUGACAGGAAGACAGAAUGUCUUGUCAAGGGUCACCCCAGGAGGAGGAGUAAAUUCCCCAAAAAGCAGAACAUAUUUUUAUGAUUUAAUUAAUACAAUUUCUCUCAAUGUGUCUGUUUAUCAUUUGAGCAUCCACAUGAUCAGACCUGACAUCUGCCUACAUUUUCUUGGUCGUCUUUAACUUCAGUUAAGCACUUUUUGGGUUUUGCUUUUUGCUCUUUCUUUCCCCCAGCAGCACGGUGUAGUAAGUUUGGAACAAGACACACCUGAAAUCAAAUCCCUGCUCUGUGCUGGGUGAUCUUAGAGGCAGUCUUUUACCUCUUUCUACUUUAUUGUUCUCAUAGGAAAAGUGGAAAUGAGGCCUUUUACCCCAAGGUUGUUGAGAAAACAGGAGGAAAAGCACAUAAAAAUGCACCUUGUCGGGCAUGGGGGCUCACACCUGUAAUGCCAGCACUUUGGGAGGCUGAGGCAGGUGGAUCGCUUGAGGCCAGGAGCUCAAGACCAGCCUGGCCGACAUGGCAAAACCCUGUCUCUAUUGAAAAUACAAAAAUUAGGCCGGGCGCGGUGGCUCACGCUUGUAGUCCCAGCACUUUGGGAGGCCGAGGCAGGCAGAUCACGAGGUCAGGAGAUCGAGACCAUGAUGAAACCCCGUCUCUACUAAAAAUACAAAAACUUAGCCGGGCGUGGUGGCGGGCGCCUGUAGUCCCAGCUACUCGGAGAGGCUGAGGCAGGAGAAUGGCGUGAACCCGGGAGGCGGAGCUUGCAGUGAGCCGAGAUUGCGCCACUGCACUCCAGCCUGGGCGACAGAGCAAGACUCCGUCUCAAAAAAAAAAAAAAAAAAAAAAAAAAAAAAAAAAAGAAAAUACAAAAAUUAGCCAGGCAUAGUGGUGCACGCCUCUAAUCCCAGCUAAUCAGGAGGCUGAGGCAGAAGAAUCCCUUGAACCCAGGAAGCGAAAGCUGCAGUGAUUCAAGAUCGCAGCACUGGCCAGGCACAGUGGCUCACACCUGUAAUCCCGGUACUUUGGGAGGCCGAGGUGGGCAGAUCACAAGGUCAGGAGAUGGAGACCAUCCUGGCUAACAUGGUGAAACCCCGUCUCUACUAAAAAUACAAAAACAAAAUAAGCUGGGCGUGGUGGCGGGCGCCUGUAGUCCCAGCUACUUGGGAGGCUGAGGCAGGAGAAUGGCGGGAACCCGGGAGGCGGAGCUUGCGGUGAGCCGAGAUUGCACUGCUGCACUCCAGCCUGGGCAACAGAGCAAGACCCUGUCUCAAAAAAAAAAAAAAAAAAAAAAAAAAAAAAAAAAAAAAAAAGCAUCUGUCCUGGCACCCAGUAGAUCCUCAAUAAAGGUCAUAGCACUUCCUCUAUUUAUUUUGCUUCAUUUUACCCUGGCAUGCUAGAGAAGAUACUGAAACUAGUUGUUCACAGUCAUUACACUUGAAGCAGGAAGACCCCUUACCAAAAAUAACAUCUCCCUAGGGCAUUUCUAGGAACCAAAAUGGCAAAAAAAUUUGCAUUUAUAAACACAAGCAAUUACUGUUUUGGCAGAAAGAACAAGGAGUCCAAAAUGUGAUCCUCUAACUGAGGCCCCUGCACCAUUUGAGUCAGCUGACUCAAUUACCCAGGGGUAUUUUUUUCUGGUGUUCAUAGUGUAUGAAUUUCUGUUCCCUGGCUGUCUCUUUGGUUGUCUCACUUUCUCCACCCCCCUUCCUUCUCUUUUUCUUGACUCUCUUAAUACUGAACAGCUUUUUGUGUUCACUGCAAACAAAAGGGGUUAAUGACAGUGAUGAAGUUGUCAUAACUGACCUGCUGGAUCCUGUUACUAAACACCAUCCCCAGCCUGUAAUCAUCACAAAGAACAGAGAAAACAAAUAGCAACCCAUUUGUACUUAGCUAAUAAUGCUCCCUUGCAAAUAAUUAUGUUCCCACCCCCAGAGGAUUUAAAUGACUUGGGGCUCACGCUGCUUGUGAUAACAGACAAAACUCCAGCAUUCCCACAAAAUUCAUAAUGUUCCCUUUUCUUCUUUUCUACGCCUUUCCAUCGUUAGAGGAGAUGUUGCCGAGAUGGGUGCAUUAAAGUUUAGGCUUUCCAGAGUUUAUUUUGCUAACAACUUGAAAGGAAAAAAGCUAACUAGAGAACUGACUGGUCUUAUUUGUUUUAGAUUCUGGGCUUUACUAGGACUUCCUACUCUCAGAAUCUCUGGACUGUAAACGCUGGGUGGGGUGGGAGCUUGGAAUGUUAUUCUGGGAAAUUAAUCACAAAGAAAAGAAAAUCAACUCUAAGACUUCAGUUAGAAGAUUUUUGAAAAUGGCAGAACAUGACUGGCCUUCAUUCAAGUCAGAAUAUUUAAAGCAAUCCUUGCUAAGAAGAACUUGAUUUUGUAUAAGCAGUCCCUUAAAUACAGUUGCUUCUCAGGAAAACCACACA